GUGUCACACAAAAUUGGAAGAAAAUAUUUUAUCCAAAGCCUAUGUUUUGGGGAGAAGUUAUGGCAGGCCAUAUAGGAAGGGGUGUGAUAGAGGAAGAGGUAUGGAGGAAGGGACCUUGGACUUCUGAAGAGGACAGGUUGCUUCUUGAGUAUGUCAGGCUGCAUGGUGAAGGCAGAUGGAACUCUGUUGCUAGGCUUGCAGGAUUGAAGAGAAAUGGGAAGAGCUGCAGAUUGAGAUGGGUGAAUUAUCUGAGACCAGACCUCAAGAGGGGACAGAUAACACCACAAGAAGAGAGCAUAAUUGUAGAGUUGCAUGCUAGAUGGGGAAACAGGUGGUCAACAAUUGCAAGAAGCUUGCCAGGGAGAACUGACAAUGAGAUAAAAAACUAUUGGAGGACUCACUUCAAGAAAAAGACAAAAAGUCCCUCUGAUGCAGCAGAGAAGGCUAGAAAUAGACUCUUGAGGAAGCAACAAUUUCAUCAGCAACAGCAACUGCAGUUUCAGCAGCAGCAAGCACAACAACAACAACAAUUGCAAUUCAACUUUGACAUGAAAGGCAUCAUGGCCUUUCUUGAGGAAAACUAUCAUAGAGCACCUUAUGUAUCUCAAACUAGACAGGAAAUGGUCAACAUGCACCAAAACACCACAGAAGAACAAGGGUACUUGUACUCUAUGCUCAAUAGCAGCUCUUCUGGUUGUUCCGCACCAGAGACCUCAGGUGAAGAAAAUUUGUGGGAUGGUCUGUGGAACUUAGAUGAUGUUCAUGGCAAUUUCAGUGUGGCUAGUGCAGCAAGCAAAGCUGGUCUAUACAAUUUGGUUGCUCCCUUUUGUUAAUGCUUAAAGUACUCCUAGCUAGUGUUAUGGUUUUUGGUUAAGCAAAGUACUCCUUGCUAACUUCAGUCAUAGUUUCAUAAGGCUCCAAAACCGAGGAGCUUUAGAGUUUGGAUUAGUUGUUACUACAUAAGGUGUGUGCUAGGGGUAGUAAAUGAUAUUCUGAAGGCAACUUUUGUAACCUGUCAAUAAAGUGUCUCAAAUUUUCUUAUAAAACUAAUAUGAACUUGUCUUAUGCUUUGGUCAUUGUUUUGGGGUAACAAGCACUAAUAACAACUUUCCAUCGUCU